AUGCGUUCGGAAACAAAAAUUCGCAAGAGGAUAUACAAAAGUACUGAUCUGAGUCCCAACAAAGAGCCGGUGAAACUCCUCCGGCAGUCCUGGGUCCUCCUCUCAGAUGCCAGCUCCAGCUCUCAGGUUCAGGUCACAGGUCGGAAGAUGCCAGCACCCCAGUCCCGCCCGAUCAAAAAACCCCGAAUCUCCCUGAGUUGUAUUGUCUGUCGCCGACGCAAGGUUGGCUGCGGCCGCGAACAGCCAGAAUGUGCCAACUGUGUGCGGAUGAAGGAAAAUUGCGUCUACCAGGCCAUGACUCGGGAUGAGUCCACCGGCCGUGUACGACCAUUAUCCCCGUCGCCGCAGAACUGUCAUUACGGUGGAUCAGAUCCUCAUCCCCAUUCCAAAAUCCGGCCUGGUCAGCCCUCUCCUUCGAGACCGGCCUCACGCUCGAAUCACCUAUCCGAUCCCAGACCCCACAUCCUACAUUCGCAUCCACAUCCCCAUCCGCAUCAACAGUCCGUGGGCCCGUCCGACCCGGCCGUGCCCUCGUGGGAAGAGGCCACCCAGUUACCCAAUGACCCUGAUGCGUACCCUUCCUGCGAGCACGGUAGCACAGCAACGUCCCGGGGUCCUUUUGAGUCCCCAGAGCCAGCCGCAUACCCCUUUAAAAACUCCAAGGAUCCCAAUUAUCCCAGACCAACUCCCCUUUAUGGCGAUUAUCUCAGUCUACGCCGUGGCGGCCAUGUGCGAUACAUCGGUCCAACGUUCUGGGGCUUCGUUGCUGGAAAACUGACCUCGCCGGAUGUCUUACAGGAGAGUCUGAGCGAUGAUUUCUUUGACGAAAAUCAUCAUACACCCCCCGGCCUACCUUUGCCUCAUAUCUCCUCCGUGGGCAUGUUCAAUCUCCUCCGUUCCUUACCCACGAAGCCUGUCAGUGAUGCCCUGCUCGAGUCGUUCUUCGUUGCCGUAUGGCCACUGUCGUCCCUUCUGCACCCGCCUAUCCUCCAGGCAGAUUACGACCAGUUCUGGGACUGGUGUCGAAAUAGCGAUAACGCCUUACCCUCGGAAAAGCUCCUUGAUGACCCGACCUUGAUCUGUCUUCUUUUUGCAGUCCUCUAUUGCGGCGCAUCCGCCGCGCCAGCGGCCAGCUGGACACAUUCCAACCUCCAGGGUCUACAAAAGGAGACAAUCGUAAGCCACCUCCAGCUGGCAUAUAUGACGAGCCUUUCUUUGUGUCAGCAUCAGGAACAUCCGACUUUAAAUACUCUGAUUUCAAGUUUGCUGACUGAACCACUUCUGGACCGCCCUCUGGAACCGAUGCGUAACUUGCUUCAUGUAAGCACCACGGUCCGUAUCGCCAAAAUGAUGGGAUUACAUCGGGAAAGGGCGUGGUCUAUGCUAAAUCCCGUGGACCGCGAAAUUCGACGUCGGGUUUGGUGGCACAUUGUCUGGCUCGAUGUGCAGUCGAGUAUCUCCACCGGGCUGGACCUCUGCUGUGGCACCGAGACCCUCGAGACCGUGAGAAUGGUGGACUCGAUCGAUGAAGAAACUAGCGACCUCCCUAGUGAAAUUUAUCCAUCUAACGACUUUAUGGCUGGUAGACAGUCAGUCGCGAUCAUAUACGCCAUCGGGCGCUUUCAGAUGGCUCGUUUACAAGCAUGGAUCGUCGCGCACCUGCAAAGUCCCCAGGGUCCGACAGAAAAGGGAAUUGGAAAGCUUGUCACAGAUGCAAAGCAGCUUCUGCAGAAGAUGAACUCGCUUAUUGCUCUUCUUUCGACGCAAGCAGUCCCGGAAAGGGGUUACAUCUCAUCCCGACUAGCCAAUGUGUCUCCAUUCACCCAUCCGUCGAUGUACAAGGACGAUGCCAGCCAGCCGACUGUCUUUGCAGCAUGGACGCGCAUUAUGUUGACAUUGAUGAAGUUUGAACUCGCGAUACUACUACGGAAACCAUUUUUGCUCCACCAAACACCUGCGUUUGCUCCGUAUGCAUGGUUCUGCUGCAGCCAUUAUGGGCCUUCUCAAUGUGUGUUCAUCACGCUAAUCUACCUCCAUUCAUUCCCGGGCCCGGGGGAGAUCUUCCUGGCCCGACAUCUCGUCGACGAGUUUAUACAUCACCGCGCGACUCAUGACAAAAUUUCUGACCCCUGGUCAACUUCAUCAACGAGGAACAACUCUGAAGAAUCCGAGUCCAAUGGAGGCAAAAUGCGGAUGCCUUUGGCCAUACAGGCUUUGGUGGAACUUCACAAUCGCCUGGACUCUUCUCGUGGACCGCAGGAACGACCCCUGUCGCAGCCAGAUACAAUCGAGUCUUCGUAUCGCUUUGCCGCAUCUCAUCUUGCCACAAAGGCCACCUCCCACUUGCGCGUUACACCCAAUCAGACCUCUGCUGAGACAUCCUCCUCCGCCAACCGCACCAACCACAAUUGCGAAACUCCAGCCACUGUUACAGGAUCCCCACCAGUAGUGGCUAGGGGCAGCAAACCAGGGCUGCCGAAUAGCAUCUUUGAAACUGAAAGUGAAUUUGUUCCAGAUAUGAACUUCCUUCCGACUAUCUUGGAUCUCGAAGCCUGGUCGUCGAUGAUUAUCCUGGAAUCCGACGAUAUCCUGGCCAAUCCUGAUAACCCGAUGAAUGAUCACCCAAUCACGCCAGGAUUGGGCAUGCCCAAGCCGACUUACGACAAGUCUGCUCUAUCUGGAGGUCUUACUUUCUCAGCCUAG